AUGUCAGAAGGAGAUUUGUUUCUAAUUUCAUUUUUAAAAGUAGGUUUUGCAUCUUUAGGAUUAAAUGAACAACUAAUAAAUAAUAUAAAACGAUAUGGAAUUACAAAAUUAACACCUUUUCAAAUGGAGGUAAUAAAAGAAAUUAAAGAAAACAGUAAUGUUAUUGUUGAUUCAAUUGAGGGCACAGGUAGGACAAUAAGCUUAAUUAUUGGUACAUUAGAUAAGAUUGAUGAAACAAAACAACAACAAGAACAAGAACAACAAGAACGACAACAAACAGAUCAACAAUUUUCAUUUCCUCAAAUUUUAAUGAUCUUACCAACAAAAGAGUUAUCACAAACAACAAAAGUUAUUUAUUCAUCUUUAGGAGGUGGUGAGAAUAAUAAUAAUGACUUUAAAGUACUAUCAUGUAUUGGUGGUGUAAAAAUAUCAAUGGAUAUUGAAAUUUUAAAAAAAGGUAAUACUCAGAUUUUAUUAGGUACACCAGGAAGAAUAUCUGACCUAUUUUCAAGAAAAAGGUUCGAUACAGAUAAUAUUAAAAUAUUGGUUUUCGAUGAACUUGAUGAAAUCCUUUCAAGAGGUUUUGAAUGUCAAUUGGAAGAUAUUAUUAAACCUCUAAAUAAUAACAAUAAUUUGCAAAUUAUUGUUUCAACAUCAGGAAUUAACGAAUUAACUUCAAAUUUUAUAAAUACUUUUAUAAAGAUUCCAAAGAUCAUUAAAUCACAACAAGAACCAUAUAAAUUUUAG